GAUUAAAACCAGACGAGAAUCAUGGUCACCAAGAAAAUCCGGACGGAGUAUAUGAAGAAGUUCAAGGAUCCCAAGUGGGAGACGUUUUCUAAAUGCUACGAGGACUCCCUGAAGUACCGUCUGACCCGGCGGGUGAUGGAGCAUUCCCACAAGCCCUGGUUCUGGGAGGGCUGGGACAGCGGCUCCGACUCCAGCGGCUGGUCCACACCCAGGCUGAUCCGGAACAAAGUCGCCCCCCUGUCCCUCCCACCACCGCCGCCAGUGCCGUCCUCGGAGGUGAAGCAGAGGUUGAGCGAGUUGACCACGAGCCCCGGCCCGGAGCCGCCGUCUGACGAGGCCGAGGUCGGAGCUGGAGAAACUGAAGACGCUGCACCUGCUGCACCCAACACGGCAGCGGUUGUAGAGAACGGCGUGAAUGAAGCCGGCGGAGGUUCAGUGACGCCGGCUCCAAACAGCAGCAGCCCCUCAGACGGCACCGCAACAGACAACGGCCCGGCGGACACGACGUCUUCUGAUGGGGAGCCAGUGAACCCGGCACUGAGGCGCCGUCACCGCCGACGCACCCCUCACUCUGAGCCGGGACCCCGGGACAGUUCCCAUGACGACAAACAGGCUGUCGUCCGAAAAGCACAGAGGGCAAAGAGCCAGCCUCCGAUCAGCACCAAGGAGAACCGGAGACCGUCCAGCCGACUGGACUGGACCGAGAGACAGACGGAGGUCAAGAGGACGACCAACGACAGUCAGACCCGGCGGGAGUCCGACAAACGCAGCACCAACCUGGAGCGGCGGCGGGCUCGGUCAGCUGACCUGGAGAAGGUGAGGCGGUCGCAGCUGGCGGUGGUGGACGACCGCUGGAUGACGGAGUACAUGCGCUGCUUCUCUGCCCGGCUGAGGUAGAGACGGGAUCCGCCCCCGAAAACCACGUUUCCUCUGCAGAGCAUCGAACUAACCGAGAACCGUGUUUGUGUCGUUACCGUCCGUCGCAUUAAAACGCUGCUUUUCACAACAACAGAAAAAUCCAGUCAAGACGUAGGAAAAGCUUUUAAUGUAGAAUUCAGCUUUUCAGAGGAGCCUCCUGGGAAAUACGACAGUACCCAGAAGCCUUAGCAGCGGCUGUUGAGGAAAAAAGCUCCCUCAGAACAGGCUUUUAGUUUUGAAUCCCUGAGAGCUGAAGCCACCUCUCCGCUCUAGAUCACGUCCACGGUGCUGAAGUCACGACGUCAGGAGCAGCGCCGACGUUUCAGGUUUUGUUUCCUGUGAAGCUGAAUCGCUGCUGUCGAGGGAAAAGUUUCCACCGCUAAAAAAAAAGAGUUGUUGUUCAUAAUCAUUAAGUAAAUGAUGAGAUUAAAAAGUCAUUAUUUUCUUCCUUUUAAUUCUAAUUCUUUAAAAAGUGGCAGAAUCGAGCUUCCAUAUUAAUCUGCUGACAAAUCUGCGACAGAACUUUCUUCAGUAUCGGCCUCUUGUCAUCGGUCGGGCUCCGGUUUAAGUUCUCUUGGAGAUGAGAUGAAGCAGUUUUUAAAAAUAAAGUGAAACACAGAGUCUAUAAAUAUCAGGUCUCCUCUCAGGAAGCGUCGGAGCAACAAAAACAUUGUGAUUAUUUACAAAUGAUAAUGAAUCAUCCCGACGUGAGCUUCUAACUCGACAGCAGCGACUCCACAGCCUCCAUGUUGACGUGAUGGACUGAAACGUUUCUCUCUUGUUCGAACGCUUUACCCCUCCCCCCCCUUUACGUCUCACACAGUCAGUGUUUUCAUUUCUCUGUGGCAGCUC